ACUACCUUAUUGGAGACAAUGAGUAAAGCAGACAUCUGGCUCUCCUGGGACUUGGAAUUCCCUCGAACUACUUUACCAAAUUUUGACUUUGUUGGAGGACUCCACUGCAAACCUGCAAAACCCUUGCCUAAGGAAAUGGAAGAUUUUGUGCAAAGCUCUGGGGACAAUGGUGUGGUGGUGUUUUCUUUGGGGUCAAUGGUUGUUAACCUAACAGAGGAGACCGCCAACGCAAUUGCAUCAGCCCUGGCAGAAAUACCACAAAAGAUUCUUUGGAGAUUUAAAGGGAAGAAACCAGACAGCUUAGGAAAGAAUACUCGGCUGUACAAGUGGCUUCCCCAGAAUGACCUCCUUGGUCAUCCCAAAACGAAAGCCUUCUUCACUCAUGAUGGAGCUAAUGGCAUCUACGAGACCAUCCAUCAUGGGAUUCCCAUGGUGGGCAUUCCUUUGUUUGGGGAACAACAUGAUAACAUUGCUCACAUGGUGGCCAAAGGAGCAGCUGUGCAAGUGGAUAUAAGAAAGCUAUCAAGUAAAGACUUGCUCAGAGCACUGGAGACGGUCAUUAACAAGCCUCUGUGA